AUGCCCUCGACAAGUCCGUGGACCAAGCCUGACACCACUACUCGCCCAAUCGCGAUCAUCGGUGCCGGCGUGAUGGGCCGACGGAUCGCGAUGAUGUGGAUGGCCUCCGGACAAACCGUGAUUGUCUGCGAAAAGCAGACAAGCAACCACGACCCAGCACUCGAAUACAUCAACGCCAACAAAGACACACAAGCCGCCAAGCUAGGCACCAAACCCGGCACUGUCAAAUUCACCACCUCCAUGAAAGAAGCUGUCGAAAGGGCAUGGAUGGUCAUCGAGGCCGUCCCCGAGGUUCUCGAGAUGAAAAUCGACAUCCUGGGCCAGGUGGAUCAACUGGCGCCGGCGGAUUGCAUCAUCACGACGAACUCGUCCUCGCUACGCUCCAGCCAGAUGCUCGCCAACACGACAAAGAACUACCGCAUCUGCAAUGGUCACUAUUACAUGCCGCCCGACCAGCUCUACUUUGAAGUCAUGUCGUGCGGGUACACCGACCCGGAUAUCUUCUCGUUCCUGAUGGAGAAGGCUGCCAUCGCGGGGUUCAAGCCCGUGCAUGCGCAGAAGGAGUCGACCGGCUUGGUCUUUAAUCGGAUUUGGGCGGGUAUCAAGCGUGAAUGCCUGCUUGUGUUGGCGGAGGGUGUUACCAAUGGCGCGACUAUUGAUCACAUGUUCAAGUCGUGGUUCGAGGCGAAGAAGGGCCCUUGUCUGAUGAUGGACACGGUCGGAUUGGAUACCGUGUACAAUAUCGAGAAUGUAUAUUCGAAAGAGCUGCACACGGAUCCGCGUGCGAAGGAGUGGCUGAAGGCUGAAUAUGUGGACAAGGGUAACUUGGGCGCGAAGUCUGGUAAGAGGUUGCUGGGAUGA